AUGGAUAGAGAACAAGAUGAACUGCAAUUUCUUGGGAUCUUUGGCAUCUGCAAAGAAGCCUACAAAAUUGUAUUUUCAUGGAGAAAAAUCUUCAGCCAAAUCACCUUAACACUGAUCCUCCCUUUGAGCUUCAUCUUCUUGGCUCACAUAGAGCUCUCAAACAUCCUUCUCUUAAGGAUCAUCCAUAACGAAAGAGUCUUAGGCCGAACAAACACCAACAGUCCAAGAUAUCAAAGAGUAUCAGAUGUCAUAUCCUCUGAGUGGGCAUAUUAUUGGCUUUUCAAAGCUGUAUACUUUACUUUUGCGCUCAUCUUCAGUCUCCUCUCCACCUCGGCCGUGGUAUACACGAUUGCGUGUAUAUACACGGGGCGAGAAAUCACCUACAGGAAGGUGAUGAGCGUCGUCCCGAAAGUGUGGAAGCGAGUCAUGGUGACGUUCUUGUGCACUUUCUUGGCUUUCUUUGCCUACAACAUAGUGGCUUUUAUUGUCCUAAUUAUUUGGCUAGUUUCGGUGGCCUUUACUGACGCUGGUGCUAUUAUUGGUUUCUUUCUGCUCAUCUUUUACUUCAUCGGGUUCGUUUACUUGUCCUUAAUCUGGCUACUGGCGAGCGUGGUGUCUGUGUUAGAGGAAGCAAGAGGGAUCAAAGCCAUGACCAAGAGCAAGGCGUUGCUAAAAGGAAACAUGUGGGUGGCUGCAAUUAUUUAUUUCAUGCUCAAUGUUCUGGCCGCCCUUCUGCAGUUUGCAUUUCAAAAGCUAGUUGUGCGUGGAUAUUCAUUUGGUGUGGUGGAUAGAGUUGCUUAUGGAUUGAUAUGCUUGUUGCUGCUGUUCAAGCUCAUCUUGUUCUGGCUUGUCACCCAAACUGUGCUCUAUUUUGUCUGCAAGUCUUACCACCAUGAAAACAUCGACAAAUCUGCCCUAUCAGAUCAUCUGGAGGUUUAUUUAGGAGACUAUGUUCCUUUGACUGCUAAAGAUGUUCAGCUUCAGCAAGUUUAUGUUUGA